AUGAUAAAUACUUAUGUUCAGAUUCUUCUAAUAAUUCUAUUUUGGAAUACUGAUUGUCAGAUUAUUCCCAGGAUUGAAGAAUGUGGACUUUCAUGUUCUCAGGGGAUUCACUGUAAAAGCAAACCUUCUGGUGGCAUUUUUAACAGCUUCUGCCAUGAUGCUCCUGCAUCUUUGUCUUCUAUGGUACUGAAAAGCAUGAAGAUCUCAACAGUGAUGAAAUGUGUCCAAGGAAGCCCAUGCUCUCUUCAUUUAAACAUUAAAGGAACACUGAGUCUGGAUGAGAAUGUCCGUGGGCUGGAAAUAUGUUCUUUUUCACUGGACACACAGCAAUCUCAAUGCAUAAAUGUGAGACUCACUAGGAAAAAAAGCAAGAUGCUUAAUGGAAAGAAGGUACAGGUACAGUUCAAUUGCAUUGAAGUCAAUGUAGCACAACACAUCUAUGUGACCAUGAAAACUGUACCAUAUUACUGUGAAGUCAAGCUGAGUCAGCAAUACUAUGUUGAAGAUUGCAGAAACAGUGAUGUGGGAAAAUAUAUUCCAGCUUGUUUGGCUGGAAAGUUAGACUAUAAUUUGGACAGGGCAAAGAAAAUUGUAACAGUGAAUGUAUCCAACUUUCCCCGAGAUCAAGAUUAUUACGUUCGCCUGUGCCAUAAAUGGUUUACCUGUGAAGAUGCUGGGGCAUUUGCUGUGAUAAAAGGAAAGGAAUCUUUUAAAUCCGUUUCUCUGAAAUAUUCUCAGCUACUCCCUUGUCUUUGCAUUGAGGGCUGGCUGGCACUUCCAGAUGCUAGGAGAAUACAACUUUGCCCCUUUGAAAAUGAUACACAGGUGCUAUGGGACAAUAUUGUUUAUAACCCAUCAACACAAACCCUUGCCUGGGAGCCAGCCUGUCCUGUCCUUGUCAUGGUUAACCUAUGCAGGUUCACCAAGUCGAAUGACCAUUGUGAAGAUAUAGAAAAAUCUUUCAAAAAUUCUUCUGAGAAACAGGUUAAAUAUUUUCGUGUGGACACUCACCCAAGACUUUGUAUGAAGUUUACAACCAAACGAGGAUCUUGGAUUAAAUGCCCAUUUGCUCAUGGAGAAUUUCCAGCCUGGAAAAUGAGGAUUGCUACAGCUGCAGAACAAAUACAAGUUUUCUUCACAUCCCGAACCAAGGCACAGUUCUCAGUGCUUGUGUGUAACAGGACGCAGAUGGCUUCAUGUGAAUCUCUUGGGAUGCACCAUUCAGUCUCUGUGGGAGAUUCUGUUUCAAUCACUAUGUCACAGGAAAUGUGUGGGUCAACAAUUUGCAUUCAGGGCUGGAGAACAGAUGUAGAUUAUUCAGUUCCACUGCAGAUCUGUGAUACCUUCUGUGGUUUUCAUGGUCAGUCAUACAGUGAUGGAAACCCACCAAAAGCCAUGACACACAGGAUGAAGAGUGUGGAGUCCUUACGUUGA